UGAGCAUCCCUGAAGAUACUCAGCUCUGAAGCUUACAUCUUUAGACCUUCAGAAACGACAGAUUUGCAGUAACAGAUUCAGUUGUUCAGUGUGGUGUGCCAUCGCCCCACUAAGAGCCAGCGCAUCAUAUGAAAGUGUGUGACUAGACAAAAGCUAGCAAGGUGUGGGAUCAAGAGGGGAGGGUCCCUUGCUGUUUGAUGGGCACUGAGUAUCAGUGGGAGACCAGAAGCUCUGGAGAUGGAGAGGCGGGGUGUGCGUACUUACUGCAUUGCACUGUGCAUUCAGAAGUGGCUAGGGGGUCUCACUAUCUGGCCGUGUUUACUGUAUCACAGUAACAAGAAUAAAUAAGUACCGACAGAGUUCCUCCCAGGUCACCUUCGCUGAAGGAUGAAAACACGCAGCAAAGCCGGAUUGGCCGGCUGCUGGUCCGGUCCCCACCUGCCCCUGCGCUCUCUCCAGGGUUGCCAGUGCCCUACCCAAAGCUCGACACCUGCUGGGUUCACCCAAAACCCGGGACCCCAGACUGCUACGCCAGUGCAGAUGGACGCCCGAGCGCCGGAAGUUCCUUGCGGGGACGUGCUGCAGAACGCGUUACCUAAAGUUCAUUUUCAGGCAGAAAAUCUACUUCAGGAGCUUGAAGAACACUUCCGAGCUAUGACUACAACAUUAAACCUCAGAAUGGAAGAAAUGGGAAAUCGCAUCGAGGACCUGCAGAAAAAUGUUGAUGACCUAAUGGCUCAAGCUGGAAUCGAGAAUUCAAUCAAAGAACAAAGGACCUGACGAUGUUAAACGAGCCCUGUGAAAUUGCGAAGAUGAAAUCUGUACUGCUUGAAUAAUCUGUGCAAUAUGAAUUUUGAUGUUUGGUUUUUAAUUUUGUUUUUUUGGAGACUUGAAAUAAAACCCAGGACCUAAAAUGUAGUAGACAAGUGGCUACCACUGGGCUAUAUGCUAACCCAUUAAAAAAUAAAAUUCAUUUUAACAAAUAAAAAACAAAAAAGCAAUAAAAUAAUAGCAUACUUCAGAAAGUGACUAUAUACCAAAGAUGAGACUUGUAAAUAAGAACAAAAUAUUUUUUAAUGUGUAUUUGUAAAUCAUGGAAGUAAAGCAUACACUAUAUUAGUUAACAUAUUUUCCAAA